AUGUUGUUUAAUUUUUCAGUUCACAGUCAGGAUGUGUGGCUGCAGUGCUCAGGUUACUCUGGAUAUCGCGGGGAUGCCAACGAAACAGCCAAGUACUGGUCUGGCAUAGAGCUGGCGACUAACUCCUCCGUACUAGGAGCAAGUGCUCUCCAAUAUGUCGACAUCGAAUUCGCCGGUCUUCCUGACAUCGGGACACACUCAAAUGAUACGGCAGCCAUAUCGAUUAGUGGAAGCCCACCUGUGCUUGAUUACCUGAACAUCACGAAUGUCAUCGGUAAUGGUGUUCUACUCAGAGCUAUAACUGGACAUGCAGCGAUCAACAAUAGUAGCAUUGAGAACAGCAUGGGAAACGGGGUUUCCUUCAGAAGCUUUGGUGGUAACCUGGCACUGGACAAUGUCCAGAUUUCUAUUGUCUAUAAAGCAGGUGUAUAUUACAACAGAAUAUUCCCGCUGCCCUCCUAUAAGAUGUGCCAACUGCCGGAAACAACGGUUCCUGAUGGAGAACAGCUCAUUGUCAGCUUUGACAGUACUGACCUUCAUCUGGGAUCAAGGUCAUCCUGUUCUCAGGUGUUCCGAAGUCAAAACCCAGGAUAUAUUUUGGCGUUGCGUGUACUAUGUAUAAGGACACGUUCGUAUACAAAUCGUAACAUACUGGAUAUAUUUGACGGAAACAGUUCGUCCUCCCGGCGGCUGGAGAAAGUGUAUAUGUACGGUGCCGAGUUAAACAUGCCCUCCCCUCUCUACACAAGUGGCGGUUCAGUCUUGCUGUCAUUUUCAAGACUUAAUAUCGACUCUAGCGAACGAUAUCAAGGAAUGUUUUCAGUACAGUCCGUUGCCGCUUAUUCAGGCCACUCCAGGGGUUUAUCAUUGAAUAACGUCGAAGUUACAACAUCCGGAUAUGGAAUUUUUAUCGAGAAUCAACUGCAACCAAUUCGCAUAUCAGGGAGUCGUGUGGCACAUUCCUCAGAGACAGGUCUGUACGUUGGUAAGGGAUCCGGUACUAUUGUGCUUCAGGACAACGCCUUUGUGAAUAACAUGAACCAUGUGUACUUUAAGCACAUCCAGAGGAAUGUUACCGUGAAGAAUAAUGAAUUCAUUAAUUCCUCUAAGUAUGCUUUGUCUGUUGGCAUAACCCCGGUAUGGACAUUAUCAGAUAAAGUCAGCUUCAUUUUUCAAAACAACACCCUGAUGGAUAAUUCAUUUGGUAUAUCAGUACCGCAAGCCAAACAGUGUGCCCUAACAGACAUCGUAGUGUCCGGCAAUGUCUUUUACAAUCAAAGCGAAACAGCCCUGGAGUUGGGACCUGGUUAUAGAUGUGGAACAUACAGCCUCAGAUCCGUCCAAGUGAACGAGAAUUUGGUUUCUAAAACAAAUGGCACGGCAGGUUUUGUAAUAGACACUUCCAGGGACACCCAGAUACUUUACAAUACAUUAUCCGAUAAUGACGUGUCCCGAUGCGUUCUUUGUGUUUCUGCCUCCAGUUUGUACAUGACUGGAAAUAACUUUAGAAACAACAAUGUGAGAACGGAAAACAAGAGACAUGAGGUGGGUUCUAUCACGGCCUUGAUAAAUGCUCCAAGUAGUUUCACAUUUACUGACAAUUUUUUCGAAAACCUAUUAGUCGAAUAUCAACUGGCCACAUGGCACGAGGAUUCUGUCCUUAGAACACUAGAUGUGUCACGAAAUUACUGGGGAACACCAAACCCGCAAAAUGUUUACUCGGGGAUUAUGGAUAAUACAAAACGCUACACUCUGAGAACGGAGUUUAUAUACAUUCCGUUCUAUAUCACGUCUGAUCUCUCCAGUUUGUCCCCAGCGACUAUAGAAGUGGACCCCGCACCAACUCCCUACACACUCGGUGGCCGCAUUAACACCGAUCUUACUCUUAAGGACACUGGUAAACCGUACACGGUGACACAUGACCUGAACGUGACAGUCAACGCUACACUAACCAUAGAACCAGGCGUGGUUUUAGAAUUUGAAGAUUCUGUGGGAGUGUACAUUGGAGGAAGACUUAAUGUCAGUGGAACAGAGAGUAAGAAGUGCAUCUUUACCGCCAAGGGAAAGGUGGCUACAACGAAAACUGUCACAUCUAAAACAGAUUUUGGAAAAUUUUCGUUGCUUCGAGGGCCAUCGCAAUCAUAUGGCUUGACAUCGUUUUAUGGACUACUUUACGGAGAAGAAAACGGAGAUAUAUUGCCAGUUUGUUAUGAUUCUUCAUUGAGAGAGCCGAUGUUGACAACAUGGCUGGACGGAGAAUGCAGGCGACUUGGGUAUACUUCUCUUAGGCACAUGAGCCCGAUUUCUGAUACGGCUAAACUGGGGUUAAAACUAAAUUGCGCUGGGACGGAAACAGACUUUGAAUUUGACUGCUGUACGGGUAUGCAAAGAUACAGGUGCACUAUGUUCUUUAGAGUUGUGUGCACCAAGCAUUCACGAGAGUCCACGUGGGCCGGUAUUCGAUUAGGUCUGACGGCUCGUCCCAGCUCUAUACAACAUGCGGUGAUGCAGUUUGCUGGAUACUUUGACUCCGGGUCACGCAGAAAAGGUCCUUCUUUACAGGUGGAUUUCAACCGACAUAUGAUUGACAACGUGGCCAUUCUUACCUCUGGGGGAGGCAUUCGACAAAUAUACGUGGACGGGGUAGAGGCAAAUAUGACAAACAUGGUUAUGGCAGAUAUAGAUACCAAUGCCUUUGAAACAUACACACUGAGCGCAACUCUGAGGGAUUCACGGAUGGAAGACAUAAACUCAUACGCUGUAUUGUUUCAAUCAGGGUCACCCAGUAGGUCAAUGACAGCGUACUUUACUCCCUAUAAAGAAGACUGCGGUGUAACAUAUCUGGCCAAUGAAGGCGAUAUGGUCCCAUUUUAUCGAUACAGAAAUACGCGUAUACAAUGUGGUACCUUUACAACCAGGUCGGACCUCAGACUACGGGUUUUUAUCAUCUACGGUGAUUAUCGUGACUUCGAACUGCUUUUGACGGAUACAGUGAAAAACUGGACAGUGGGACUAAACUCGACGGAUUCUGUUUUCACCACCUCUACUAACAGUCUACAGUUCCUCAAGGCAUGGGUUAACGGGUGUGCUGGGUGCAGAGUAUAUAUUUAUGCAGUAGUAGUGGCGGUGAAAGACGAGCUGCCACCAAACAAACCAAGUUUAACAUUGGACAAUGUUAUAAUCAGCGGCUCCUCCACAGCAGUAUAUGGCCAAUACCAAGGCUACACCAAUGGAAUACGGACUGACAGAAGACAUCCAGACUUCCCAGAUCUGGGACAAGUCGGCGUUGAUAUAAAAGACUCAGUCUUAGUAGGAAACUACAGACCGAUGGAUGUAAGGUUAUAUAGAGUGUCUAAUGUUCCACUGGUGAAUGAACUGUUACCAUCUUUCGCCAUCUCAAUCAAAAAUACAACCUUAGAUUCCAAUGACUAUGUAAUUUAUAUAGAUAAUGACCGUGGAAAUCGAGAACAGUUAACCAUUGAUGGAUGUAAGAUCAGAAAUACCAGGAACACAUUGUUACAGUACAGUGUCAGGGAUGACAAUCCCAAAGAUGUGGACAUCCAGUUCUUGAAUAACGAAAUCACUGACAACAGAGGGAGUGUACUUGACAUCAGUGGUGGUGCUCUACAUAUGAUAAUAUCAGGGAAUAACAUCACAGACAAUGAGUACAGCUCUGGGUCAAUGACCUUAUACCGGGGAUAUGAAAAGACAAUACAAUUCGUGAACAAUGAUAUAUCAGGUAACCAUUACAGAAAUAUCAUCGUCAUGAACAUGGAGGAAACAACCUAUGAUCUAAGCAAAACACCAAACAUUGGACUGGUAGGGAAUAUCAUUGCUAACAACACUUAUUCAUCCCACAACAGCGAACGUCGGCCAUCACAGCCCCCAGUGACAGCUGCACUAGUUUUAGAUGGUUAUGGAAAUGUCUGCGUUCAAAACAACACGCUUCAAAACCCGGGCCUGGAGGCAGAGCUGCACGUCAAGACUCGCUCUACAAAAUGGACAGACACCAUUGAAGCCAGACCCAACAUGUUUGGAUGUGAAAAUACCCGUUGCGUGAGAAAACGUAUAUAUGACGCACACAACGACAUUUAUCUGCCGGAAGUGCGAGUACUUCCAUUUGUGUCAAGAUCGAACGAGAUGGUGUACACUCCUGACGUCACAGAGGGACUUCCACAAGGAAACGUCCUUUGCGGCUGGCUGAACAAGUCCAUCACAUUAGAAGCAGCAGGUUCUCCGUUCUAUCUAAAAGAAGAUUGGACUAUUUUACCCGGUAUUGAGGUUUUCAUUGAACCUGGUGUUUGGAUUAAGCCAGCGACGGACAAAGGGAUCCUCGUUCUGGGACGGAUAGUUGCCAGGGGAGAAAAGAGAAAAAGGGUUGCCUUUGGCUGUCAAUACCAAACAGCUAAUUGCUCUUAUUGGCAAGGAUUGGUGUUUGCUUCAGAUGACAUCAGCACUAGCCCUUCGGAAUUGCUCUUUGUAGACGUUUUUAAUGCAGGUUACAAAGGGAACACAUACGGCGCAGCUGUGCAGUCUUUUAGCCCCAGUAUAAUCAUACAGAACUCACGAGUGGUCCAGUCAAGGUUGAACGGUAUUGAACUAAUUGGACCAGCUGUGAAAUCUAUUAUCAUUAAACGAAACGAGUUCCUUAACAACAGAGGCGUUGGGAUAAAUGCUGUUGUGGCUUACCCAAGAAGUGUACCACUCAAUGUUAAGGCCAAACAAGAAUAUAUGGGAUGGCCAAGUGACGUUUAUGGUAUCGAUAAUAUUUGCGAAAGAAAUUCCAAAAUGCUCAUUGUUAAAGAAAGAAUUUUGGUUUAUUAUUCUCAUGGAAAACAGCAUGGAGGAAAUUAUUUUAAUUGUACGCGUGCAAUACGUUCUGAACUUGGACAAAAUAUCACAAUCCAAAUUUUACAGUUUAAUCUGCAAUAUUUUCAACUGGAAAUAUUUGAAGGAUCGUCUCCUCUUCACUCAAGGCGACUUCUUUAUGCUGACCAGACAAACGAUUCACUUCCGUCAGAUGUCCCAAUAAACAGUUCCAGUGUAACCAUCCGGUUAUAUAGCAGUGUCAGGUACUGGGACACAUAUGGUUUGCAAAGCAUGGUCUUCAGUAUCAAGAUCUCCAACGACACAUCUGCAGGGUCUAUCGGCAACUUUGUCAUCGAGGAAAACACUUUCUUUAACAAUGGUCUAGGAGGAGUUAACAUAACUACAUUUGGACAGAGUAAUUGGGAUAUUAACAUCAACAAAAACAUAUUUCACAGAAAUGGACUUUCGACUUCCAACCGAGCUGAACAUUCCAAAGCAGCUAUUCGGCUUAAUAUCGCUGACACCAGUGCUACAUUGGCAAACAAUUACAUGGAAGGGAACCAGGGUGGCAUCCACGCCAGAACUCACAGCGUAUUCCAAAACAAUAAGUUGAACAUUUGGAGCAACCAGAUUCUCUUUACAACCCAGCAAGAGAGCAUACUGGUUGUAGUAGUAGAGGACGGUCCACACACACAGCAGUGCAGUAUAGAUGGGAAUGUGAUACAGCACGGACAGGGAGAUAGGUACAGUGAUGUCCUCCACCUGGAGGGUGUGUCUGGAACCGUCACAAACAACUACAUCUACAACAACACGGGUUUACAUGUGAUGUGGUGGACAACACCAGCCAAUAGGAGCACGAGUGACGUCACCACUGACAACAUCAUAUAUUACAAUAUUGCAAGAGAUGCAAACAAUAUGGCGGCCAUAGUUGCUGGUGGCUCAUCAUCGUUUCUCCAUGACAAUGUCUUCCAAAACCCUUCAUUUACAUUCGAGAUUACAAGUGAAGGGUCCUCUUCAACUGUGAAUGCGUCUUCCAACUGGUGGGGUCUGACAGAGCAUGCGCAGAUCAAGCAGAGACUUCGAGACAGAGGCAUGAGGUUCCCAUACCCCGAGGUCUCUAUACACCCAAUCAUUGAUUCCAUGUCUUCUUAUCAAACAGGGCCCAGCGUUUUCCCUGCUGAUUAUCCCCGUCAGAUAACAAAGUGCCCUGUAGGGCAGUUCAUUCCCGACUCCAGAGUUUGUCGACGGUAUUACAGCUGCACUGAAGGUGGCGUUAUUCUCAAGAUGUGCCCAAACCAUCUUGUCUGGAAUCCGGAAAUACAGGAGUGUGGCAGAGGCGGUUGUGAGCCACAGGAAGCUUCUGAUUCGUGUCCUCUUGGUUGGCUGCAGAAUAAGAUGGUGUGUUACUUGUACGUCGGGGGAGCACAAAACUUCACUCAAGCUCGAGCUUCUUGUGAGAGUCAAUACAGUAUGUUGGUCAAUCUUGCUACGACGUCUGAGCGAGCAUUUGCAAUCAGUAUACUAAGGUCACGAGCGGUGGGAGAGCGCAGUUUUGGCAUAUGGACGGAGACGUGGGAUAAGGAGGACGGAAAAUGCCCACUGUUUAAUUUGUCGAGUAUUGACGGCAAUGCACAUAUCUACAAAGAUGAUUGUUUCAGUCUUUCUCCGUACAUUUGUAAACGGUCCGCAGUUAACGAGUGUCCCAAUGGCUGCACCUACAAUGGACGUUGUGGUAAAGAUAAACGAUGUCACUGUAACCGUGGCUGGGAAGGAAAGGACUGCUCCGUGUACCACUGUAGAGACAGGAACAAGUGUGGACAGUACGGGACAUGUGUGGGACCGAACCAGUGCAGGUGUCAGCCUGGGUGGCAGGGCCGCGCCUGUUCAGUAAGCUACUGCCCCGUGUACAGCACAUGUAGAUCUUGCACUGAACAGCCCGGGUGUGGGUGGUGUGACCACAAACAAAGAUGUCUGCCAGGCCACGAGUCUCAGCCGUGGAGAGAGCAGUGUGGGACAUGGUUCUAUCACGACUGUUUCUCUGUAGACACACACAUGGGAUGUUCUAGUCAAAUUGAGUAUAUCGGCUGUGACUACCGGCAGUGUAACUCUACCAUACGGUAUUCCAAUGAUGAGCUUUGUCACAGGUGUAGAGACGUGGAGGCCUGCUUCAGUGACGAUACCUCAUAUAGCUGCCGUCAAUGGGACAUGAGGAAAUGCCCAAAUGGCCUAGUGCGACCAGUCUAUAACCAUGGCAACCGAGCCCUAGAUACGACAUUGCACGCACACGUGAAGGUCAUUAAGCCUGGCAAUGCAGAGUUUUAUGUGUGCCCUAUAUCAAAUACGAAACAAAGAGGUCACUCCAUUCUUGUGACCAGAGACAAGGUCAAGUAUCCCAGGCCCAGAGAUUUUGUCAUUGUCAGCAAGCAAGCUGGAGGAAUCAUGCAUAAAGUGUACGCAACUCAAGAAAAAGGAACAUACCAAUAUUUUGCUGCUGUAAGGGCCUCGUUGGAAGAUGUCAUCCAGUAUGCCAACUUUAACCAAACAGUUCCUGUCCGUUCCCUCAUGGAUGAUAGGACGCUAGAGCACGUGCCGGAGAAACGCAUCUUUAAAAUUGCCUAUGCGUGGGAAGGAGCAGCCAUUAGAGGUUCCUUAGUUCACGUGCUAAAAGAUGAUCAUGUUUUUAAAUGUCUUGGACAUUGGUACAAUGUGACCACAAGGCCUGUGGCGUCUCAGUACAUUGUGCUACGACAGAGUACGUCAAAUCACAUUAAUGUUGGUGAUGUGGUAGUCGGCGGGGAAAGCCAGGGCUUCCUCGAGGACUUAGAGGAUGUUGUAGCCGAAUCUGAGGCUGUGACGUAUCACGCCAAAGUAAAGACGUGUAGUCAGGCUAUGUCUUUUAGUCCCAUUGCUGUCUCUCCUGUUUCCACAUCUAACACAAUGUACUGCCACGGCGGAGAACAAAAUGACAGAAGUCUGCACAUUAGUGAGUCAGUGAAUCAAGAGACGGCGCCACCAGUCGUAGGUGACGUUAUUCCAGGACGUACAUCCGGCGCCUUUCUCGGUCAGGUUAUUUCAAGGUUUGAGAAAGGGGGCUACGUUUUCCUGGAGUGUAUCCCCAUCCAGGACUUAAACAAAGACACAGUGCUGACGUCUGCUCCCUACACAGCUUUCCACCCCGACAGACGGCUGAACAACCAAAUAUCCACUGAUGGCAUAUUUACAUCACUGAAAAAGGAGGCGAUGUUUGAGGUUCAGGGCCAUUCAAAAGGCUUUUUCGAGCCAAAAGAAGUCAACCGUCCAAGUAUGACCAGUGUUUUGGAUGUGGACAAUACGGUCACUGNUUAUAAUAGCUAUUCCAAUAUGCCUGUUCAAUAUACAGCCUCAGCCAAUUUUUCAGGUUCAGGGCCAUUCAAAAGGCUUUUUCGAGCCAAAAGAAGUCAACCGUCCAAGUAUGACCAGUGUUUUGGAUGUGGACAAUACGGUCACUGGCGAGCAGAAUGCUCCAAAUUUAACCAGCAAAAGCAGUCAUACUUUCAAAACAACACGGAACCGAACCCAAGCUACUACAGCUACGCACAGGUCGGCAGUCAAUAA